AUGCUCUUUUACGAGCAUCUGGAGAUCAUGGAUGCCACGAAGGACCGGGGCAUGAAUCUCCAGCUCCAGAGCGGCUGGGCGAACCGCGCCUGGACCCAGACACUGGCGGCCACUCUGGGCUUGUUGGUCGAUGGUCUUGUGUUGCAGCAACUCCAGAUCAGCGACGCAGCUGCUGGUGAUCACGAAGGCCGGGAAUGUGCCGAGACGUUUCUUCGACUGGUCCUCGGCACAGCGUCCAAGCGGGCAUGGUCAAUGGCAGUCUACGACCUACCCGGCAAAACUUUCGCAGGUUUCCUGGACCCCAACCUCCACUCUGCGGCGGGGGCGGUGAACAGAUGCCAGACAGACUGCGAAAUCGUGCAGAAAGCUUUGCGUCUGCAGGGCGAUGCAGCUUGCGCUGACUCCCAGGGGAUCAAAGCGACUCUCUCGGAGUUGUGGGUGCACAAAGAGCUGCUGGUGCAGGAGUUCUGGGAGGCAGGCGAGCAGUGCGCCUGGGAUUUCGAGAAAUUGUAUCCACAGGUUUACCGGCUCUUUGAUAACAUGAUCUCGACUAAAGAGGUCCUCGAGGACUGCUUUGGACACCUCUCCCAUAGGAAUAAAGUGGACAACCGCAAUCCUCUCUUCAUGUCCGUGGAACGCCUGUUUUUCCAUGCCGCGCUGAGCCCGCGAUGGUUAGAUGAUGC